AUGUGGGGAUGUGAGAAGUUUUCUGAGUACAUUUCUGGCAUGAAGUUUCAUAUAGAAACAGAUCACAAGCAAUUGGUUCGAGUAUUUACGCAGAAGAGUCUCAACGAUAUGUCUCCAAGGAUACAAAGAUUCCUGAUGCGAAUAAUGCGAUUCACGUAUACAAUCUCUCACGUGCAAGGAAAAGAUUUGGUGUGUGCUGACACUUUGUCUCGUUCUCCAAUAAUGGAUAAAGGAGAUGAAGAUAUACUCACUGGAGAGGCAAACGGAUUUGUUGAUCAAGUAUUGAAAGAGUUACCAUGCACAGAAGAUAGAUUAAAUGAGCUUAGAAUACGUCUCAAGCAAGAUGUAGUAUGUAAACAAGUUAUGAAGUACUGUACUUAUAGAUGGCCAGACAAGAAUCAUGUCAAUGACGCUAUGAAACCCUAUUGGCAACAUGUAGGUGAUUUAACGGUUCAAGACAGUCUCUUACUCCAUGGAAAAAGAUUGGUGAUCCCUUCAUCAAUGAGAUUGGACAUACUUAGUAAAAUACAUUCAGGACAUCUCGGGAUAACCAAGUGCCGAGAGAGAGCAAGAACGUCGGUGUGGUGGCCUGGUAUGAGCAAACAAAUUGAUGAUUUGGUUCGAAAUGUAAUAUAUUCAUUAUGUUGUAUAUGUAAUUAG